AUGGGCGAGGGCUCGGCGACCUGGUCGGCUGGUCAAAAUACCUUGACGACCACCAUCUUCAACAUCAAACCCGAGGAGAAAAGCUGUCGCUCUAAAGGGUCCCCGAACGCUGAGAGGACGGAAGACUCCGCAAAGUGGUCUACGUGCUUAAAACAGUCCUAUGAUCCGUGUAAAGGCCGAGCCAUGGCCUCCACCUCAGCGAACGGCAAUUGGCCAUACCCUGUUUUCUCCUCCUCGCGCAUAACGGAGCAUCGAUCCGUGUUCCUUGCGCACGCAACUACCUUCAAGGACCCUGCUUCGCUCGAGACCCUCCUGGAGUACCUCAGAGGGCUUCCUCGCAUGAAAAAGACGACUCACUGCAUGAUCGCGUACCGCAUUCUUACUCGACCUGACGGCCUCGCCGACACUGGCCAAGAUGACGGCGGCGAGAGCGGCGCUGGCGACCGCCUGGCUCGCCUCCUGGAGCUCUCUGGCUGCGAGGACGUGAUCGUCAUCGUAUGGAGAUGGUAUGGCGGGGUCCAACUAGGCUCUGACCGCUGGAAGUGCAUCUCGGGGGUGGCGAAAGAGGCCCUCGCAGAAGGCGGUUUCCUCAAGCCCAAAGAGCCUCCGAAGACUCCCGCACGUCAUAAGAAGAAGCGGUAGGAGCGUCAAAAUUCUGAAUAGAGAAGACGAGUACGGAAAUCCUGCUGAAAUCACAAGCUCUCCAGAACGCAUCAGGCAAAGUGCCUGCAUCGAUAUUCGCAAGUAUGGGCCAAGGAGAGGACCGAGGAGGUGCUUGUGGUCCUCGGUGAAUCCCGACCGAGGGUACGCACCUGUGUUAGCAGGGAAAUGGUACCCAAGACUCGCGGAGAGCGUCUAUUCGUGCUUCUGCCUAGAGGUCCGGAGCCUUUUCGCGCUCGAACUCCUCCUCGACCGAGUGUGCAAGAUGCUUGUCUAGAAUUCAGCAUGGAGUCGGGCCCGUGUGAGCCUUGUGAACGUCGUGAGACCCCGCCCGCAGAUCAGCUCUUCGCAGGUACCAGCGCUCUUGACUCGAAGUCACUUUCCCCGAUGUCCGCCUCGCCCACGCACGCGCGUCUCUUUUGGACCUUUCCCU